AUGCAAGCAGCUGAGCGACAGGGAAAGGGAGAAGUUCCGUCUUUCCUUAUCCUCUUUCCAGGUCCCAAUUGCGGCUGGUUGUUGACGACGAGGACGACGGGCUUUCAUACUGGAGGGCUUGCUGAGGAAGCUGAGAGCUCUGUCUGUCUGCGAGCAAGAAGCUGUUUGGAUAUCGCGCCCAGCCGAAACAUCAACACCACCAACAACAACAUUCCCGGACCGCCACGCCAGGGCUCGGCCUUGUAUUUUCACAACAGCCAUGUCUCUCACGAUACAGCACCUCAACGCCGACGCCUCCUUCCUCCUCACGUUCUCCCCGCUGCCCUCGCCACCCUCAUCCGCAUCCGCAUCCGCAUCCUCAUCCCCAACCUCCUCAUCACCGCCGCCACCGCCGCAGCCCUUCCGCAUCCUCCUGGACCCCUGGCUCACGGGCGCCUCCCAGAUCUUCCACCCCCGGAUCUCGACCUCGACGCACGUCCAGCCGCCCUGCAUCGCCUCCCUGGCGGACCUGCCCGGCGGGCCGCCGGACGUGGUCGUCGUCUCGCAGCACCGCAGCGACCACUGCCACGAGCAGACGAUGCGGCAGCUGCCCGGCGCGGGCAGCCCCUCGGCGCAGCAGCAGCCGCUGGUCCUGGCCGAGGCCAAGGCGGCCCGGGUCGUGCGCGGCUGGCGGCACUUUGA